AGGGAUUGGUGGUCAGAGGUCGGGGCCCCCUUUCUGCACCUGCACAUCUCUUUCAUUGACUGGCCCAACAGUGUCCGUGACACCAGUGUGUGUAAGCCCCCUGCUCACCCAUAGCCCCAUACCUGUCUUGCUGUUAAGCCUGACAAGACGCUGCCUCUUCCUCCUGGGACAGUACCUGGGGGUGGCAUUAGUCAUUCUUUGGAUUUCUGCAUCUUGGUGCCACCAGUUUUGAAAUCACAGAUAACUUGCAGAGGGAAGGGCACCCCUGGACUCUUGCCAGGUGUUUGGCAUGACUCACAUGGCGGGACUGGAUCAGUAACUGGGCAGAGUAGGUGGUAGAGAACCAGCCCAGAGUGUCCAGGAGGAGGUACUGGGACUGUGUAGGCUCAGGCUGUGAGGGGGAGGGCUAAAGAGCGAUGGUCUGGACUUGGGAGAAAGGCCUUCCCUCUCCUCUGGUGUGUCCCCUCCAGAGAGUCACACAUCCUGAACCCCAGGGCCCUGGGCUGGAUCUUGCUUUGGGGGAAUUCAGCCAGAAAAUCGUUUCAGUUGGUUUGCCUUUGGCUGCCAACAAUAGUAUUAGCAACAGCAGCAGCAAAUUUUUUUUGGGGGGUGGGGGGCUGUACCACAUGGUGUCUGGAACUUCCCUGACCAGGGAUCGAACCUACACCCCCUGCAGUGGAAGGGCAGAGUCUUAACCCCUGGGCCAUCAGGGACAUGCCAGCAAAUAGAUCAUUUAUACAGUGUCUGCUAGAUGCUAGGUAGGCACUGUGCUAGGUGCUUCCCACAAAGUGACUCAUUUAAAGCUCCCAACAACCCUGUAAGUACCCUUAUUAUUCCCCUUUUGCAGAUGAGACCAACUAAAUUUAAAUAACCUGCCCAAUAGCUAGAAAAUGGUGGUGACGCGAUUUGGAUCCUGGCAACCUGGCUCCAGAGGCCACAUUCUGAGCUCUUAAUCACUGUGCUCCUGCAAUGGUUCUCAAACCCGAGCAGGCACUGGCGUCCCCCAGAGGGCUGCUUAAAACACAAGUUGCUGGGCCCCACCCAGAGUUUCCGAUUCAGUAGGUCUGGCUUGAGAAUAUACAUUUCUAACAAGUUCCCAGGUGAUACUGCUGCUCCUGGGCCUGGGAGCACAUUUUUGAGAACCACCGACCUGACCUACUGUAAUUGGAAGUUCAAGUGAAAUUGGCCCCAAGUCAGGAGAUUGAUGAUCGGUAUCAAAGAAGCCCACAGAUAGGCAGCACCAGGGUAGAAUAAUUAAGCCUGUAAGGAGACCAGCCCUCUCCACUAUACUUGUUGUGUCUCCUGUGUCCUCAGGCUCCCCUCAUGACCACAGGAUGGCUGUCACAGCUCCAGUCAUCAUUCCCUGACGAGGCGAUAUCCAGCAGCAGAAAUAUCCAGCCUCUGGAGGCUAUAUCCAGAGCAUCUCUUAGGAGUGCGGAAACUCUUCCUAAAAGCCCCGCCUCCCAGAUUCCCCUCAUAUCUCAUUGGCCAGCAUUGUGAUACCUGACCACGCCUGGGCAAAUCACAGGCAAGAGCCAAUCAGGAUUUAUUGUCAGGGCUGGGGCUAGAAGCCUCUUCACCUGAAGCGCAGGACUAUGUAGUGCGGCUACAGGAAUAAACCCGUAGUACUGUUUAGGAAAACACUGGGAGAGGGGGAUGGAUAUUGGGUGGGCAGACAAUUGGAUCUGCUGCAGAAGUUAGGGAAACAAGGUGAAAGCCUAGUACCUAUCCAUUUUUGUGUCACUGUCCUUACCGACAAUGUCCUUCCUUUUGUAAUUACCUGAAUCAGGACUUUUUAAUUCUCUAAUCAUGGCUUUUUAAUUCUCUAAUCAUUUCCACCUUUAAGAAUGUGUGCAGAGAGUCCCUGUAUCAUAGGAGCUCUCAAUCCUGUCAGGAAACCAAGUAUUUCAUCUGAACACUCAGGGAAACCCAAGCUGGGGGAUGAGGCAGCAGUCUGAGGGGCCGUGUCGGUGGUCUGUGAGCCCACUCACUAUGCUCAGCAACUUGGGGCUGGCUCCUCUCUCUGCUUCUGACCAGUUUUCCUAUUCAAGGUGGUCCUUGCAGAGGCUCAGUUUCCCCCUCUGAGGACUGCCUUGUAGGGUGGUUGUGAGGAAGAAAGGAGAGGAUGCAGGGAAUUUCCUGGCAGUCCGGUGGUUAGGAUUCUGCACUUUCACUGCCAGAGCUCAAGUUUAAUUCCUGGUGAAGGAACGAGGAUUCCACAAGCUGGCUUAGUGGGAAAAAAAAAAGGAGAGGAUGCAGGUCAAGUGCUUACUCCCAGGAGCAAGCUCAUGGGACCGCUGGCAGAACAGCCCGCCUUGGGGACGCGCGCCUGCCUGUUCGCGAGACCACCUGCUGUCGGGGGAACUCCGGUGGCCGGCGGGUCGUUGCUGCGGCUGUUGCUGAAUAAGUCGCUGUGAGGAGCUGGCACGGCAGGUUCCCGCUUCCGCAUUCCAGACACCCACCGCGGGCGCUGGAGGCACCGCCCACCACGGGAGGGCGAGGGCGGCCGCGAGCGCGGGCAGGCAGGUGGCCUUGGCCUGGCCCGGACCCAGGACGGCAUUCGAGAGCCUGGAGCUCCCCUGCGCUUCACCUGCCGACUUUGUGAUCCCGGCCGGGCUCCGGACGUCUUUCAGAUGCACAGUCUUUGACCUCAGCUCUCCUGGGACCCAUAAGGAGCACUAGCAUCCAGAACGUACCAAGGCAUGGCAGGGAAGGCGGCCCUGCAGCUCACCAGCCUUCACACACAACUGCUGCUCGCUCUGCCCCGCUGACCCACUCAGUCUGGAGGCCACGGGACAGCGCCUGCCUUGAGAGGUUAUCCAGGCACUGCUGUCCACAGCGAUGGUGGAGAAUUGGACUCCACAGGCUCACAACCUUCCCAUCAGGCUUCAGGGGCCAGCAUCCUUCAUCCUAGGACUGGUGGCCCUGAACAAUGGCUGAGGGCCAGGGGACCCCAUAAAGUUAGUCUACAACUUUCAGGGGCCAGCAGCACUCCAGCGCCCGUGGACUAUGACCACCUAUCGGCCCAUCCCCAGUGAUGGUGUGGACCUGGCAGCCGGCUGUGGGGCCAGGGCGGCCGAUGUCCUGCCCGGGCCGCACACAGGGGACUACGCUCCCUUGGGAUUCUGGGUGCAGAACGGCAGCGUGCCCCAGCCCGUGGGCGAGAGCACGGUCAGUGCCCCCACCCGCCCCAGCCCCACCACCCCCGCCAUGCCCAAGAUGGGCGUGCGCGCCCGGGUGGCCGACUGGCCGCCCAAGCGGGAGGCCCUGAGAGAACAGAACAACCCCAGCCCCUCCCUGGACGCAGAUGGCACGAAGGCCACAAAGGCGGCCCAUGCCAUGAGAAGCGUACAACAGAACGGACAGCCCCCGGCCGGUACCCCUACCCCGGCUUCCUCAGGGUCCAAAGCCUUGCACCGACUCGCCAGGAGGCGGUCUAAGGAUGUGGAGUUCCAGGAUGGGUGGCCCCGGUCCCCCGGCCGGGCCUUCCUCCCGCUGCGGAACCGCAGCAGCAGCGAGAUCACCCUCAGCGAGUGCGACGUGGAGGACACGGCGGAGCCCCGGGCGGUCCGCCACACGGGGGCGCUGCCGCUCUUCCGCGAGUACGGAAGCACGUCCUCCAUCGACGUGCAGGGCGUGCCCGAGCAGAGCUUCUUCGACAUCCUCAACGAGUUCCGCAGCGAGCAGCCCGAGGCCCGGGGCACCCCGAGCCUCACCGAGCUCCUGCGGGCAGAUCCCGGUCCCCACGUCUCGGGGGGCGGUGGCGGCGCAGCCAAGGGGGAGGCCCGCAACGGGCAGCCCACCAAGGACAGCCUGCUGCCGCUGCAGCCCCUGAAAGAGAAGGAGAAGGCCCGCAAGAAGCCCUUGCGGGGCCUGGGCGGCGGGGACCAGGUGGACUCGUCCAUUUUCCGGAAGCUGCGGAGCAGCAGAGCCGAAGGCGAAGCGGCCCGGUGCUCCGGGGAGGCCGAGGAUGGCCGGAGCCCCCUGGAGGCCAGUCGGCCGUGGGUCUGCCAGAAAAGCUUCGCCCACUUCGACGUGCAGAGCAUGCUGUUCGACCUCAACGAGGCAGCAGCCAACCGGGCGUCCACGGCCCAGCGGCGGAACACGACCACCGGGGCCUCGGCCGCCUCGGCCAUGGCGUCCCUGACGGCGUCGCGGGCCCACAGCCUCGGUGGCCUGGACCCCGCCUUCACCAGCACAGAGGACCUGAACUGCAAGGAGAACCUGGAGCAAGACCUGGGCGAUGACACCAGCAACGACCUGCUGCUCAGCUGCCCGCACUUCCGCAAUGAGAUCGGCGGCGAGUGCGAGCGCAACGUGAGCUUCUCGCGGGCGGCCGCCGGCUCCCCAGGCGGAGGUGGGGGCGGCGGCGAGGUCCGCCCGCCGGAGCCCACCCUGAGCGCCUACCGCACGAACGCCAGCAUCUCGGUGCUGGAGGUGCCCAAGGAGCAGCAGAGGACGCAGAGUCGCCCGCGGCAGUACAGCAUCGAGCACGUGGACCUCGGCGCCCGCUACUAUCAGGACUACUUCAUGGGCAAAGAGCACGCCAAUUACUUCGGGGUGGACGAGAAGCUAGGGCCAGUGGCUGUGAGCAUCAAGCGAGAGAAGCUGGAGGACCACAAGGACCACGGGCCUCAGUACCAGUACAGGAUCAUCUUCCGGACCCGAGAGCUCACCACCUUGCGGGGCUCCAUCCUGGAGGACGCCACGCCCACCGCCAUGAAGCACGGGACCGGGCGGGGCCUGCCCCUGCGGGACGCCCUGGAGUACGUCAUCCCCGAGCUCAACAUCCACUGCUUGCGCCUGGCUCUCAACACUCCCAAGGUGACGGAGCAGCUGCUGAAGCUCGACGAGCAAGGGCUCUGCCGGAAGCACAAAGUGGGCAUCCUCUACUGCAAGGCCGGCCAGAGCUCAGAGGAGGAGAUGUACAACAACGAGGAGGCCGGCCCAGCCUUCGAAGAGUUCCUCUCCCUCAUCGGGGAGAAGGUCUGCCUGAAGGGCUUCACCAAGUACGCCGCCCAGCUGGACGUCAAGACUGACUCCACGGGAACCCACUCCCUCUACACAACGUACCAGGACUACGAGAUCAUGUUCCACGUCUCCACCCUGCUCCCGUACACCCCCAACAACAGGCAGCAGCUGCUGAGGAAGAGGCACAUAGGCAACGACAUCGUGACCAUCAUCUUCCAGGAGCCCGGGGCGCUGCCGUUCACCCCCAAGAACAUCCGCUCCCACUUUCAGCAUGUCUUCAUCAUUGUCCGGGCCCACAACCCCUGCACUGAUAACGUCUGCUACAGUAUGGCAGUGACCCGAUCCAAAGACGCUCCUCCUUUCGGCCCCCCGAUCCCCAGUGGAACCACAUUCCGAAAAUCUGACGUCUUCAGAGACUUCUUACUGGCCAAGGUGAUUAAUGCCGAGAACGCUGCACACAAGUCGGACAAGUUCCACACCAUGGCCACCAGGACCCGCCAGGAAUACCUCAAGGACCUGGCGGAAAACUGUGUCUCCAACACACCCAUUGACUCCACCGGCAAGUUCAAUCUCAUCUCCCUGACCUCCAAGAAGAAGGAGAAGACAAAAGCCCGGGCAGGCGCCGAGCAGCACAGCGCCGGGGCCAUCGCCUGGAGGGUGGCGGCUGAGGACUAUGCGCAGGGGGUAGAGAUAGACUGCAUUUUGGGAAUUUCCAACGAGUUUGUGGUGCUCCUAGACCUACGCACUAAGGAAGUGGUGUUCAACUGCUACUGCGGGGAUGUCAUCGGCUGGACCCCAGACUCCUCGACAAUCAAAAUCUUCUACGGGCGAGGGGACCACAUCUUCCUCAAGGCCUCUGAGGGUUCUGUGGAGGACAUAAGAGAAAUUGUCCAGAGACUGAAGGUGAUGACCAAUGGCUGGGAGACAGUGGACAUGACGCUGCGGCGGAACGGGCUGGGGCAGCUGGGCUUCCACGUGAAGUACGACGGGACCGUGGCUGAGGUGGAGGAUUAUGGGUUUGCCUGGCAGGCCGGCCUGCGGCAGGGCAGCCGGCUGGUGGAGAUCUGCAAGGUGGCCGUGGUCACACUGACCCACGACCAGAUGAUCGACCUGCUACGCACCUCCGUCACCGUCAAGGUGGUCAUCAUCCCGCCUUUUGACGACGGCACGCCCCGGAGGGGGUGGCCAGAAACCUAUGAUAUGAAUACCUCGGAGCCCAAGACCGAGCCAGAGGGCCUGGCCCCGGGGGGCCGGCCCCCCUACCGCAGCAAUGCUCCCUGGCAGUGGAGUGGACCUGCAUCCCACAACUCUCUCCCGGCCUCCAAGUGGGCCGCCCCCGCCACCCCCGGACACGCCCAGUCCCUGAGCCGACCCCCGAAGCAGACCCCCAUGGUCCCCUUCCGGGAGUCCCAGCCCCUGCACAGCAAGAGGCCCGUCAGCUUCCCCGAAACCCCUUACACAGCGUCACCAGCAGGGGUCGACAAAGUCCCUCCCUACCGACAGCCUUCUGGGAGCUUCUCCACCCCCGGCUCGGCCACCUACGCGAGAUACAAGCCAUCCCCAGAAAGGUACACGGCCGCCCCACACCCGCUGCUGUCUUUCGAUCCCCACUUCAGCCACGACGGGACAUCCAGCGGCGACUCCUCAUCAGGUGGCCUGACCAGCCAGGAGAGCACCAUGGAGCGUCAGAAGCCAGAGCCUUUGUGGCAUGUGCCCGCCCAGGCCCGGCUCUCAGCCAUGGCUGGAAGCAACGGGAGCAAGCACGCCUCCAGGCAGGACGCAGCAGGCAAAGAUUCCCCCAACCGGCAUUCCAAGGGGGAGCCCCAGUACUCCAGUCAUUCCAGCAGCAAUACCCUCUCCAGCAACGCUUCCAGCAGCCACAGCGAUGACCGUUGGUUCGACCCCCUGGACCCCCUGGAGCCAGAGCAAGACCCGCUCUCCAAGGGCGGCUCCAGCGACAGUGGCAUCGACACCACCCUCUACACCUCCAGCCCCGGCUGCAUGUCUCUGGCCAAGACACCUCGACCGGCCAAGCCGCACAAGCCCCCGGGAAGCAUGGGCCUCUGCGGGGGUGGGCGCGAGGCCACCGGGCGGUCUCACCAAGCAGACCGGCGGCGGGAGGUCUCGCCCGCCCCGGGCAUCACAGGACAGAACAAGGGCUACCGACCGAAGCUGUACUCCUCAGGCUCCAGCACCCCAACGGGCCUGGCCGGGGGCAGCCGCGACCCAUCCAGGCAGUCCAGCGAUAUGAGCUCAAGGGCCGGCUACCCCGCUCAGGUUCACAAGACAGCCAGCACCGAGACCCCGCGGCCCUCACAGCUGGCCCAGGCCAGCGCUUUCCAGCUCUCCACCUCUGUCCCCAAGUCCUUCUUCUCCAAGCAGCCCGUGCGCAGCAAGCACCCCACGGGGUGGAAGAGGACAGACGAGCCCCCUCCACGGCCACUCCCCUUCACUGACCCAAAGAAGCAGGUGGACAGCAGCACGAAAAACGUCUUCGGGCAGCCACGGUUGAGGGCCUCCCUCCGAGACCUCCGCUCCCCACGGAAGAACUACAAGUCCACCAUCGAAGAUGACCUAAAGAAACUCAUCAUCAUGGACAACCUGGCGCCCGAGCAGGAGAGAGACACCAGCCAGUCUCCACAGAAGAGCCUGCAGCGGACGCUGUCAGAUGAGAGUCUGUGCAGUGGGCGUCGGGAGCCCAGCUUCGCCAACCCUGCCGGCCUGGAGCCGGGCCUGCCCAGCGACGUGCUCUUCACCAGCACCUGCGCCUUCCCCUCCAGCACGCUGCCCGCCCGCCGCCAACACCAGCACCCCCACCCGCCUGGCGGCCCUGGCCCCGUCCCCACCACCGCUAGCAACAGCUUCCCCGAGAAGAAAUCCACCAUCUCAGCCUCCGAGCUCUCACUGGCCGAUGGGCGGGACCGGCCCCUGCGGCGUCUGGACCCGGGAAUGAUGCCGCUCCCCGACACAGCUGCUGGCCUUGAGUGGUCCAGCCUGGUGAACGCAGCCAAGGCCUAUGAAGUGCAAAGAGCCGUCUCGCUCUUCUCUCUCAACGACCCAGCUCUGAGCCCGGACGUCCCGCCUGCACACAGUCCUGUCCACAGUCACCUGAGCCUGGAAAGGGGGCCCCCGACCCCCAGGACCACCCCUACCAUGAGCGAGGAGCCACCCCUGGACCUGCCGGGCAAGGUGCACCAGCUGGAGGCGAUGCUGAGACAGCUGCACACGGACCUCCAGAAGGAGAAGCAGGACAAGGCGGUGCUGCAGUCAGAGGUGGCCAGCCUGAGGCAGAACAACCAGCGGCUGCAGGAGGAGUCGCAGGCCGCCAGCGAGCAGCUGCGCAAGUUCGCGGAGAUCUUCUGCAGGGAAAAGAAGGAACUCUGAGGUGGAGAGGCCACUGCCCCCACCGGCCGCCUGGGCGGGCGUGGGCUCCUGCCCUCCUCUCCCUCGGCCCAGCCCCUGGUCGCAGGCGUGACCAAGAUACUGCAGCCCAGGCCCCACUGCCCUUCCAAGGACGGGGACGCUUGGGGCAGCAGUGGGACCUGAGGGCGGCCUCCCCGGUCUGUCUGCUCUUGGGCCUCGAGCCCCAGGGGGCAAUGUGGUCUCCAGCCUCCCUCUGAGCUGCUCUCUCUGGUUCCUGGGGGCUGGGCCCAUGCCUACACCACCCCCAAAGGGCCCGUCCCACCCUCCCCAGCCAGCCUCUUCCUAGGACCAAGCCAUCGGAAGCUGUAGGAAGUGGGGAGGGCAGGAGCGAGUCUCCAAACCCCACAGCUCCAGGAGUUCACAAACCAGGUUUCCUCACCAUGUCCAACAGUAUCUGGCCUGGUGGGGCCAUGACCCCUGCAUGAAAAAUCAUGGUGGGAAACUGGCCCACCGGCGUGGAAGCGGGGCCAGGGCUCCCCAUCCUCGGUGCACUGGCUCCAAAAAGCAUGGACUUUGCCCCCUCCCCACCCUAUCCUCCAAAAAGCAACCGGGAGCACUUUCUUAGAGUUUCAUUUAUUUUCUUGAGGGGAGGGGAUCCCAGAAUGGAAAGAGGAAACGCCAGCAUUCCAGAGUUAACUUCUUUGAAGGGGAAGCUAUUUGCACACUUGGGACCAUUUCCACAGUCUUUUUCGACCAGUCCCCAGACUGCCAGAGGCCGCGGCGCCUGGCCCCUCCACCUUCGAGCUACUGACGCGGCCGGGCCCAGCGGCUCCCCCACUCCUCCAUCAGCCCCGGCCUCUUCUGGACACCAGGAGGGCCUCCACCGAGCCCUCAGGUCAGGGCUGGAGAGAAACAGCCUUCAUCUCCUCUCUGCUUCUGUUUUCCCUUUACAAGCCCCCCAGCCCAUCUCGCAGGCCCCCCAGCAGCAACACUGGCGCCCCCCGGGGAACGCUGCAGUGCGCACCCCCACUAGACGCUGGUUCUCCAAAGGCAAUAAGGGGCAGCUGGCCGGGCCGCCGGGCCAGUGUGGUACUACGCUGCUCACCCAGGAAACAGAGCUUCUUUUUUUUUUCCUUUAAAAACAAACAAGAAAAUAUAUAUAUAUAUAUUUAUUUUUUCAUGUAGAGUUGCGCCAGAACAAGUCUGUAUGGUCACACAAUCUGUGGAUUCCCCCAACCUCAAACUGAGGAUCGAGGCUUGUUCCCACUCCCAGUGGGCUGGGGCUCAGUGGGGAGACUCAGAGGGACGCAGGCCUGGGGACCCUGCUCCAAGCAGCACACUCCGACUGGGAGGCCAGCGCCAGGCGGCCCAGCCCACGUCCAGAGACCCCCACCACCACCUCUCUGGGGCCAGAAACCUCGGGAGGAGGCCCACACAGGACACAGACUUUUAAGGAGCAGGAGAAAAGGACCCUGGUCCUGCACCCCCCACAACCAACCUCUGGCCCCUGCAGCAACACUGCAGUCCCACAAGAAGAGCCCUCGGACUUGCCGUCUCCUCUCCCCCAGGAAGGGUGCGGGGAGCGGCCCGCGGGGUCCUCAGCCCUGGCCAACUACUGUGAUGUCUCUGCCCCUCUUCCCGGAUGGAUCCCUCUUGGGAGGGUUCUCCAGGAUCACCCACCACACCCCGACCCCUUUCCUCCUCAGCCCCUAACCUGGAGCCUGUCCCGCCCCACUCUCUUUUUUUAAGUCAUCUCCUUCUAUCUUCAGAUCAUUUGAAUCAUCUUGAGGACCUAAUCAUGUACAUUGACACGUGUAAACUAGGAUUUUUGGUUUUGUUUCCUGUUGUUUUUUAAGGAUCUCUGCAAAGCACAUCUAUUUAAUUCAAGUUUGGUGAAGAUAGCAGCAGGGUUUUUUGUGUGUGUUUUUUUUUUUUCCCUCUUUUUUUCCCCCAAUAUGUUGAUUUGUUUCAUCUGGAUUUUUUUUUUUUUUUCAAUUCUUUAUUGUCUUUCCCUCCCCACUUCCCCUCCCCAUUCCAGUCUUGAGAUUUUCUGGCAUGUUUCUGGAGGUUUCAAAAGAAAUAAAUGUUUCAUAGAA